AAUCAAAACAAGCCACAGAAAGAAUCCAACACCGAUGCAAAUUUACUCAUGUGCGGUAAAAUGUGUCUUCGUAUGGCUGCGAACUUUAGAAACAUGAUUAGUGACUCAUCAUGUCGCGAGAGAGGUGGAUUCCGCGAACAAUCAAACGGACGCGACAUGAAAAAACAUGAAUACCAGCAACCGUCCGCGUCCAUCCGCGCCUAAUGAUAACGAAUUAUAUUGCUGUCUGGUGUUGGAGUAUAAAUAGUCUCCGGUACGGUAUCUGGCAGUAUCAGAACGCAAAGAUGACUUCAAACAGUAACAGCAACCCUGCUGCCAACGCCGGUCAGCAAGCCCAGUUUGUUGGAAUUAUUCCCGAGUACGACGCGGACACAGACGACUGGAGUGUUUAUUACGAGAUUCUGGAGGAGUACUUCAAAGCCAAUGGGGUACCGAACAGUAGCAAGGUUUCGGUGCUGAUCAGCGUGAUUGGCCCGGAUACAUACCGAUUGUUGCGAGACCUUUGCCAUCCAGAUUCGCCGAACAGCAAAACUUAUGACGAAUUGUGUGAAAUGUUGGCCAAGCAGUUCCUACCAGAGAUUGCGAUUUUCCGUGAGAGGGCCAAGUUCUACCGAGCAGAGCAGCAACGUGGUGAGGAUGUCAAAACUUGGUACGCCAGGCUGAAGAAUUAUUCGAUGAACUGCAAAUUUGGAGAUCGUUUAGAGCAACUGCUGUUGGAUAAGUUCAUUGUUGGAUUGCACCCUGGUCCGAUUCAGGAUCGACUUUGUGAAGAGAGAGAAAAUCUGACAUUAAAAAGUGCAUUGGAUUUGGCUGCCAAUCGAGAGUCAGCUAUGCAGGAUGAAUCCAUGUUGGACAACAUGGCUGAUUUGAAUCUGGACGACUUUCAUCAUAGGGGAAGAAAGCAUGGAGAUCGACACAAUCAUCGAGGACGUCAUCAAGACAAUGAUCGUCAAGGACACGGUCACGGCCAUGGGGGUCCACCACAGCAUGGCCGUCAUGGUCAUCAUGGCCACCAUGGACCACCCCAUCAUGGACCUCACGGCCGUGAAAUGCAUGUUGGAUUUGGGCCGCGUGGGCCUCAUGGACCGCAUGGACCACAUGUAUCGGGCCCACAUCCCUUGGGCCGCCAUCCUAUGGGACCGAUGAUGAUGGCACGUUUCUGUCCAAGAGGGAUACACGAAUUCGAAGGAAUGAUGGGACCUCGAUGGUCCAUGCGCGGCCAUGAGAUAAAACGUUGGGAAAAAUUUUGCCGCAAGAUGCAGACCCGGAGACGCAAAGCCAGUACAAGCUCAAGCAGUUCAAGCAGUAGCAGUAGCAGCUCUGACAGUGAUAGCGAUAAUGAGGGCAAAAGGUGCAAGAAGGGACGUCGUCCACAUUAUGGACACAAGAAAGGUGAUCGUCAUGGAACAUUUGGAUAUCAUGGCGAAAAAGGAUCGUGCAAAGGCCCAUGGAAUAAACGAUGUGGAGGACGAAAGGAGCAACAGGAUGUAGGUCCAUGUAUUCCCGAAAAUACAGUGCCAGAGCUCAUCGAAUAAAGGACUGUAUCAUACAUAUUAUCAUUUUAAUAUCUCAUCAUUAGUAAUGGACCAAAGAAAAAAAAAAAA